CCUGGAAAUGGAGGACAAGAGGAAAAAACGAAGUCCCAAGGUGUGUGUAACCCAGACACUUCCACCUGCACCCUUGAGAAAACCUAUUGCACCGCCGUGUAAGAGCGCCACGUUCAGCCUGGGACUCCCACUCCCACCUUCCCCAAAGCAGAGGAGUAAGGUCAAAAGGGGCAUUAAAGAGCGCCAUCGGCCCUCAGCACCGUGUGAAGUGGUGACUUCUGCGCCUAGCUUGCAACACUCUUUCCUGACGGAUGUCUCCCAUGUCUGUGAGAUGGAGGGCGGCCUUCUGAGUCUUCUCAACGAUUUUCACUCUGGAAAACUUCAGGCAUUUGGGCGGGUAUGUACGUUUCAACAACUGGAACGCGUGAGAGAGAUGCAAGAACAGUUAGCUCGCCUUCACUUCAGUCUAGAUGUAUGUGCAGAAGAGCAAAAAGAAGAGACCCAUGCGGAGAGGAACCUGGAGCAGCUACUAAAUAAUCUGGAGGAAUUGAGUAAUUCAAUACAAAAGCUACAUUUGGCAGAAAACCAGGAUACACCUCCUUCUCCUAUUGAAGAGGGGACAGACAGCUUACAGUAGAGGCUGGUGGAAUAAAGCACAUGCGGAGGCGCAGAUUUGAGGACUGCAGCUCGCCAACGAAGAGUCGAAAGCUAAAGAAGGAACUAGUAGUGUAGGUUUAGUGAUACAGGAAAGCAGCCAUGGAUCUGAACCGGAAAGGAUCUGCUGUGCAGCUAGUUACAAUGUCUGCUAUGAGCACAGAUAGUCAGUGCUAGGUAAGCUUCUUAACAGCGUUGUGUGGUCAGCUAUAAUGCUAUGAAAAUCCCUACAAUUUUCUGAUUACAAAUGUCAACUCAGGUAAGAGACUGAAAACAUGGAAUGUUGUAAACCAGAUUUAAAAUG